CUCUCCCCUUACAACACAACAUUUUGUUUUUUGAGGCUACGGCGGGUUCACCGUCAGACUCAGACACUAUGGCCUCGUCUCCCACGAUUAAACCGCAACUGGAGCGUCUCCAGAUCGCAGACAGUCCACCUCCCGUGGAUCUCCACCAUCCGACACCAGAUCUACAGUCGCUGCAAGGGGCUUAUGUUGGGAAUAUCGAACGCCUGGAGGACCAUGCCGAACGGAUGAGCGAGAAGGGCUCAGAUCUUGGGGAAGAGAUACGGAAACUUCAUGAGGAACAAAAACUAUCUGACAGCCGUCGUUCUUCCAUGCGUUCUGCAGUCGUUGCCGACGAACCCACGCGACCGUUCAGUUCCAGGAGCCGCAACGCAUCAACAAGCUCAUACACGAAUUCGAUUGUUGACGUGAACGGUGCCGCACGUUGGGGUGGUUACUCCCCAGGAGGCUACGUAACAUCUCCGGUUGGGUCAUUGCACUCUGCAUCAUUUGCCCAUCCUUCCUCACUCCAACGGCAGCGCUCAGGAUCAAGGGCUUCCCGACUCGGCCAAGUGGUGCACACAGAAGGCGAAAACGAAGAGACACAUAUCCCUACCGACCAUCCUGGAUCACCACAGUCGCACAAGUCUGUACCACGGUCCGUUCGACGACACAGCUCUCCACCUGCCCCAAGCCAUCGUUCAGUGUCGUCGUUCACCCAGAAGUAUGAUCAGAUUGCACAGGAGAUACAGAAUGAGAUGCAAGAGAACAUCAGGAAUAGUCAACAUCUGGAACAAGGGCCAUUUGAUGGGCACUCUUAUCCCUCCGAUAUGCCAGAUAGGCCGCCCACCGCAGCUUCUACCGAUACGACACAUCAAGCGCGAGUUUUAUGGCAAGACUUUGAUGGUGUUCAUUGUCCUGAUACAGUUCCCGAGGAAGAAUAUACCCCAUCCCAAGGUAGUGGUAGCCGAAAGUCAUCUUUGAUUAAAGCAGAGCCUCAGCGGCCUGUGCAAGAAGUACCUCCUCCCUCCGAUGGCAUGAUUUUCUACCCCGCUCCCGUUCCCAAAAUGCUCAAUCUUCCCAAGAGGCUGUCACAACUGCCAGCAGCCAAUGUACAGGCACGUCGCCGUACACAACUAUUGGAGUCAAUGCAAUCCGAGAAUAGGAAAUCCAUGAAUUGGGCUGGGGAGGGCGAAAGCGAUCCUAAACAAAAUCGAAAAAGUAUGGAUCCACGUAAAAGCCGCCAAAGCCUGGCUGGCCUGCCACCCCAGCUACGAGCGAGCGCCUAUUUUGAUCAAGCUCCUCCUGCACAAGAAUAUGAAGUGAAAGGUGAAUCUGCCGAAGAUACUCUGGAAAGUAUUUUGGCAGCAUCUGCGCACGCUCCUGUUUCUGCAUUCACAGAUCAUCCUUUUGCAGGACAUGUUGGCAAUGAAGUAUACGGCAAAGAAAAACACAAUCGAAGAGCGUCUAAAGCCGUAGAUCUUAAAAUCGCCGCUGAUGCGGACAAAACCGAGAACCGAAAGAGUCGGAGCUCACUAAAUCUAUUGGAUACACGUCGAAAUUCGAGUGGGGAUCCUCUGAAUAAAUUGAAAAAGCGCAACAGCUCCGCGGAUCUGAAUGUGUUGAUAGUCCGAGCAGGCGAGAGCCGGAUGAGUUUGGGCGAUGAGCUUGACGAACCAGACCACGAUGCUCGGGGUCCUGCGAUCGCUGAUGAAACGACACCAACCAGACGGUCAUUAGAUGAAUAUGACGAGCGUCAUUCAGACGAUGAGAAGGAAGGCGAAGACGGGGAGUACUCAGACGAGGAAGAGGAUGAGCAACAUUACUUUGGACCACCGACAACAUUACUGGCCGAACUCCAAAUGCGUAAGCAGCAACAGAAGAGUCGCAAUCUAACAGCAGCCACUGCGUUUCCCAAUGGAAUGCAUUCCACCCUGCUCCAACUUGAUGCAGUUGCAGAAAUCGAGAAGAAGAAACGUAAAGGUCAGAAGGUCAAUCUAGCAUGGGAGGCAGCGCCACCAGUGAACCCCGAGGAAGAUGAUUCUGACGAUGAAGUACCACUGGGAAUGCUGUACCCCGGCCGUGAGGGCCUUGCGAAGAGGGCAGGCAAUGCACCACAGCAGAACCACGACUGGGACCGCCCUCUAGGACUGAUAGCCCAGCGAGAAUUGGAAGACAACGAGCCUCUUAGUCGUCGCCGCACAAGACUGGUGGGUUUCGAGCCUGCGAGGCGACGAACUCAACUGCCCGACAUGAACCAAGGCGGACAGCAUCUUACUGUACCCACUAGCACUACUCCUCAGCCGGAAUCUGAAGAGGAUGAGGGCGAGACACUUGCUCAACGGGUACGCCGACUCAAGGACCAAAAGGCCUUGGAUAACGCGCUCGGUCCCGAUGUUCGUAAGAGUACUGUGAGUGGCGACUUUGCUGCAGAAUUAAUGAGCGAAUUCGGCGUUCCCGCCACUGAAGACGCUCCGAAGCCAUCUCCAUCUCCUGGUGCCGAAGUAGAGGAAACACUUGGCCAGCGACGGGCUCGCCUACAACGUGAAGCACAGGCGCGUGGUGAUGCCAAUCCUUUGGGCAGUCGUCCACCUCUACGUUCGUCUAUGAGUAUGGCCGAUAUCCUCUCUGCUCAUCCGAUCGACAACACUCACGCUGCUCGAGGAGUGUCUGACGAACAGCUGCUGUCCUCACUUCCUCAAGGAAGCCUUCUUCACAAGAAUGCAGUGAGGCAAUCUCGUCUUGAAGCCGAGAGAAUUGAUCGUAACAGGCGUACGUCAAGCUACGGUGCUCUUGACGGGCCGCUACUUCAAGGCGUUGGGAAAGAAGCCCCUGAGCAAGCUGUUGCCGCAAAUAUUAAAGCUUACAAGGAGCGUUACGCUGGUCCAGGUACUCCGCAGACUGCACCUAUGCCAGCAAUGCAAUCGACAAUGUAUGGUUCGAAUGGAGGUUUAAAUCCGGCAAUGUCGAACAUGAACCUUCCUGGACAACGAGAAAGUUUCUUCCCGGGAAUGAUGCCUCAGAUGGGCAUGAAUGGCAUACCUGGGAUGAACGGCAUGGGUGCGAUGGGCUAUCCUGGUGGCAACAUGAUGAUGCAGCAUCAGCAGCAGCAACAAAUGAUGGCCAUGAACAUGAGUAUGAUGGGGAUGCAGAUGAACAGCAUGCCAGGUAUGCCACUUGGGUACGGUGCACAGAUGGGCGGCAUGAAUGGCAUGCGCCAGCCCUCCAUGUACGGCAUGCCGAUGGGUGGAGGCAUGCAAUUGCAACAACAAAUGGCUAUGGAACCUAUGAUGGAUCCGCGACAGAGAGAGACAAUUGACCGUUGGCGGAGUGGAGUCAGCUAGACAUUACGCAUUGUACUUGUUGGGAGGUCUGGCAUGAGUCGGUUGCAUGAUUUAAUGUGGGCAUGCUGUUGGAGUUCGGUCAUUGAUGUCUUGCAUUCAUCUAGCAUAGCGAUAUAUUGGUUCUACAAGGCAUUAUUUUGGAUGGAAAGGGAUAAAACACAUAGGUUGCAUUUGGAUCAGGUAGCCUUUGGAUCUUUGAGUUUAUAUACUCUCGAGCGCUCAGCACUAAUAUCUUUUUAAUAUCAUCACACUUACGUUCGACUCUCUAGAUAGAACCUAGA